GUCAUAGAAGUAAUAGUUAGAGAUAUUUGAGACACAAAUGUCGCUUUAUCUUGCAUUUCACCUUUUCGUUGACCAGAAUACCAUGUAAUGGUUACAUUUUCGUUUUCGUCACGUUAUUUUCCGUAAUUCCUUUUGACCAAUGAGAAAAACAUUUAUCAACUAUACCAAUAUGAACAUGGCGAUACACUAGGGAAGAUUGUGAAUUGAAAGAUCAAAGCCCAAAGUGUCUAAUGUCGGAUUAUAUAUGUGGGCGUGACAUAAAAUGAAUAAGUAUUUCAUAUUUGAUUAUGUAGUUUGGGAAAUUCAUACGUUUGGUAGCUUCCGGAGUUGAUACAGUGCUAUACUGAGAAACACUUGGCAGGUCGUCGCCAAUGGUUAUUUGACAAGAUGAAAUCAAAUUAAUGAAUGUGAGCAUGGGUGUGUUGGGAUGUGUAUUUUAGAACAAAUGGAUUUUUAGUGAACAUUUGCAAUCGCGAUGAAAUUGAAAGUGAAAUUGAGACAGAGACAUUUUAGAUGCAUACCAUUUUUACUACUUCUUCUCACACAUUUGUGGUGUAUUGAAUUGUCUCUUGGUCAAAUGAAUGAUUCUAAUUCAGUGGGAAAAGAUGAAUGGAUACAUUGUUGUAAUGAUUCUACUCCAGUGCAAAUGGUCAAAGUUAAAUUCACCUCACAUGUUGUUAGAAAUGAGUAUAUAGUGGCCUUUGAUGGAUAUUACAAAACAAAUACAAGGGAAAAAUUUAUAACUGCUGCUUUAAAUGGCUCUGGUGUUGAUCAUUGGAAAAUAUUGGCUCGAAAUAACCCUGCUAGCGACUUUCCCAGCGAUUUUGAUGUUGUUUUGAAUAACCAAUUCUGGCAAUCACCUGGAAGACACACAAGUCGUCGUCUGCUAAGAGCAGCUGUUCCUCGACAAAUUACAACUAUAUUGCAAGCAGAUGCAUUGUGGAGUAUGGGUAUUACAGGUACUGGAGUUAAAGUAGCAGUUUUUGAUACUGGUUUAGCAAAAACACAUCCUCAUUUUAAGAAAAUCAAAGAACGAACUAAUUGGACAAAUGAAAAGACACUUGAUGAUGGUCUUGGUCAUGGGACAUUUGUUGCUGGUGUGAUUGCUUCAAGCCAAGAGUGCUUGGGUUUUGCUCCUGAUGCUGAAUUACAUGUUUUUAGAGUUUUUACCAAUAAUCAGGUGUCUUACACUUCUUGGUUUUUGGAUGCUUUUAAUUAUGCUAUUUUGAAGAAAAUUGGUGUUUUGAAUUUGAGUAUUGGUGGACCUGACUUCAUGGACCAUCCUUUUGUUGAUAAAGUGUGGGAAUUAACAGCUAAUAAAGUAAUCAUGGUAUCAGCUAUUGGAAAUGAUGGACCACUUUAUGGGACAUUAAAUAACCCUGCGGAUCAAAUGGAUGUUAUUGGAGUAGGAGGAAUAAAUUUUGAAGAUCAGAUAGCAAAAUUUUCUUCCAGAGGCAUGACAACUUGGGAAUUACCUCAAGGGUAUGGGCGAGUGAAACCUGAUAUAGUUACAUAUGGUUCUGCUGUGCGUGGUUCUAGUAUCAAGGGUAGCUGUCGAACUUUGUCUGGCACUAGUGUUGCCUCGCCUGUUGUGGCUGGAGCAGUUACUCUUCUUGCAAGUGGUGUAUUGCAUCGUGGUAAUGCAAUUAACCCUGCCAGUAUGAAGCAAGCUCUUAUGGCAUCUGCGAGGCGAUUACCUGGAGUCAAUAUGUUUGAACAAGGUCAUGGCAAGUUGGAUCUCCUGAAAGCAUAUCAGAUUCUCAAUAGUUACAAACCUCAAGCUAGUCUAAGUCCCAGUUAUAUUGAUUUAACAGAGUGUCAGUAUAUGUGGCCAUACUGCACACAAUCCCUGUAUUAUGGAGCAAUGCCUACCAUUGUGAAUGUAACAAUUUUAAAUGGACUUGGAGUGUCAGGGCAUAUUGUUGGAAAACCCACAUGGCAUCCUUACACUCCCCAGUUUGGCCAGUAUUUGGAUGUAGCGCUUACUCACUCGGAACUGCUAUGGCCUUGGUCUGGAUGGCUGGCUGUGAGCAUUGCUGCUGCACGGACUGCUGCUUCUUGGGAGGGCAUAGCUCAGGGUCAUAUAGCCCUUACAAUUGAGUCCCCUCCGGAAGAUGGGGAAACAGACCCGCGCCGCUCAUCUGUGAAAUUAGCUGUAAAGGCAAAAAUUAUUCCAACACCUCCCAAACAGUAA